AUGUACUUCCUGGACUCUCUGGACUCUGUGGACUCUGUGGACUCUGUGGACUUUUCGGACUCUUCGGACUCUUCGGACUCUGUGGACUCUGUGGACUCUCUGGACUCUGUGGACUCUGUGGACUCUCUGGACUCUCUGGACUCUCUGGACUCUGUGGACUCUGUGGACUCUCUGGACUCUCUGGACUCUGUGGACUCUGUGGACUCUGUGGACUCUCUGGACUCUGUGGACUCUGUGGACUCUGUGGACUCUGUGGACUCUGUGGACUCUGUGGACUCUCUGGACUCUCUGGACUCUCUGGACUCUGUGGACUCUCUGGACUCUCUGGACUCUGUGGACUCUCUGGACUCUCUGGACUCUGUGGACUCUCUGGACUCUGUGGACUCUGUGGACCCUGUGGACUCUCUGGACUCUCUGGACUCUCUGGACUCUGUGGACUCUGUGGACUCUGUGGACUCUGUGGACUCUCUGGACUCUGUGGACUCUGUGGACUCUCUGGACUCUCUGGACUCUGUGGACUCUGUGGACUCUCUGGACUCUCUGGACUCUGUGGACUCUGUGGACUCUCUGGACUCUGUGGACUCUGUGGACUCUGUGGACUCUCUGGACUCUCUGGACUCUCUGGACUCUGUGGACUCUCUGGACUCUCUGGACUCUGUGGACUCUGUGGACUCUCUGGACUCUGUGGACUCUGUGGACUCUGUGGACUCUCUGGACUCUCUGGACUUUCUGGACUCUGUGGACUCUGUGGACUCUCUGGACUCUCUGGACUCUGUGGACUCUGUGGACUCUGUGGACUCUGUGGACUCUCUGGACUCUGUGGCCUCUGUGGACUCUCUGGACUCUGUGGACUCUGUGGACUCUCUGGACUCUCUGGACUCUGUGGAAUCUGUGGACUCUGUGGACUCUCUGGACUCUCUGGACUCUGUGGACUCUGUGGACUCUGUGGACUCUCUGGACUCUCUGGACUCUGUGGACUCUGUGGACUCUGUGGACUCUCUGGACUCUCUGGACUCUGUGGACUCUGUGGACUCUGUGGACUCUCUGGACUCUGUGGACUCUGUGGACUCUGUGGACUCUCUGGACUCUGUGGACUCUGUGGACUCUGUGGACUCUCUGGACUCUGUGGACUCUCUGGACUCUCUGGACUCUCUGGACUCUUCGGACUCUGUGGACUCUGUGGACUCUCUGGACUCUGUGGACUCUCUGGACUCUGUGGACUCUGUGGACUCUCUGGACUCUGUGGACUCUCUGGACUCUGUGGACUCUGUGGACUCUGUGGACUCUGUGGACUCUCUGGACUCUCUGGACUCUGUGCCGCACAUGUAUAUAGUGCAAAAGUAA